UGUGAACUCUGAGCUGAGCAGUAAAUUAAAUUAGUCAUUAAUUUAAAUUAGUAAUAUUUUCCGGCGGAUUAAAUUUAACAAGCAAUUUUAAAGAAAAUUAUCAAGAUAAGUCAUUAUUCACAAGCUUCUGGAAUACGUGACUAGUAGGUUUGUUUGACGAAAAUAUAACUCUUGUAACCUGGUAGAAGUGUGAAAGAAAAUUAGCCGGUCAAUGACGUUAGAUAACCUAUAAUUUGUCGUUCCAAGAAAUAGAAACAUAAUCGAGAAGGUUGAAGGUGUAUCAAGUUGACGACACACCCAGGAUAAAAAUGGGACAACACGUAUCUAGAACGGAUUUCGAAUGGACAGAGUCGCUCGAGCCUCAUGCUGUCAGACGCACGGAUAUUUUGAAAAAAUACCCACAAAUUCGGGAGCUUUUUAAACCAGACGAAAAUAUGAAAUGGAAAGUUACACUACUCGUAUUCAUUCAAUUUGUCAUGAUUGCUGCCGUCUCAGAAAUGUCAUGGACUUACAUUAUCCUACUUGCCUACUGCUUUGGUGGUGUAAUUAACCACGCUCUUACCUUAGCUGUUCAUGAAAUUGCUCACAACCUUGCAUUUGGCCACUCACGACCUAUGGCGAAUCGAAUGCUUGGGAUGUUUGCAAACCUGCCUAUUGCCAUUCCUAUGUCAAUCUCUUUCAAAAAGUAUCACCUUGAGCAUCAUCGCUAUCAAGGCGAUGAGGUGUUUGACACAGACAUUCCAACGUAUUUUGAGGCAAAACUGUUCUGCACAACUGUUGGAAAAUUCUUCUGGCUGCUGUUACAACCUCUGUUUUAUGCCUUGAGACCUUUACUAGUGUAUCCAAAGCCACCAUCUAAUUUGGAAAUUAUCAAUGCCAUCAUUCAGCUAUCUUUCGACUUUGCCGUGUUUCACUUUUUUGGAGGCAAAUCCCUACUCUACCUCUUUCUGGGAACGCUAUUAGCCUUGGGUCUUCAUCCAGUUGCUGGGCAUUUUGUUGCAGAACACUACAUGUUUCACAAAGGAUAUGAAACCUACUCGUACUAUGGGAUUCUAAACUGUGUAACUUUUAACGUUGGCUAUCACAAUGAACACCACGACUUUCCAGCCGUACCGGGUUGCAAUUUGCCUAAGCUGAGGGAAAUAGCUAAAGAUUACUAUGAUACUCUACCACAUCACGAUUCUUGGGUUCAAGUUCUUUACGAUUUCGUUAUGGAUCCAGAGAUUGGACCCUAUGCAAGAAUCAAAAGAAAGAAUCGGGACUUGGCUAAAGAAAUCAAAGAUGCAGAAACUUUUAAAAAUGGCAAUGGCCUUGCAAGUACUUUCGAUAAAGUCGAUUAGUCAGUUAUUCCGCUAUUUACUUACAUAACUCGCCGACCGCUACUUCAUGCAUGUAUUGUGCUUCUAAUCAUUUUGCAACAAAUGAAACGUGAUAUAACAUUUAAAAAGGUGUCUUAUUAUGCCGUUUACCAUAUAGUCUUGAUAUGUCGAAAGAAACCUAGUGCUAGUAUGCACAUAAAUGCAUAUAAAUUGUGUAUUUAAAUAAUUUGCCGUGUUUAUGAAAAAUACUAUUUUAAAACUUAUUACUAAAAUCUCAUUCGAUCUGUGGUUUGAAAAUGUUCUUUGUGGAUACUCAUUCGUGAUUCCUCAUCGACUGGAUUUAGUUGUUGUUGUUGUUGUUGUUAAUCCUUUAUUCACGUGUCAACAGAGAUCAAUUCAUUACAAAUUGACUGCAUUUAGUAUUCGCCAUGUUAUGUUUUAGUCUUCCUAUAGAUACAUUACCUUCCUCCCUGCCUGCCCUUAUGCAUUGUUCAGUAAUUACUACAUUUAUGAAAAUAAUUAUGAUUCCACUAUUAUUAAAAAUAAUAGCUACAUACAUAAUAGUCAAGAGUAUAAAUAAUUUAUUUUAUUGAUUUCGAUAAUUGUUCUGAAAUACCAAAUGCAGUUAACAACACCACAACAGAAUUUAUGUAUAGAAGUAAGAAUUAGCUUGGUACUUAAAUUUUGUUAGUUGUUAAACCUUCCGAAAUACAUGUACAAUUUUGUUAACAAAAUAA